GUUCGGGGUUUUCAUAGAUUUUAUACGCGAGAAAUCCAAGUCAGUUAUUUAGAUCUUAAGAAUAGAGAAGAUCUUGAAAAGUUUUAAUAAGUUCUUGGUACGCAGAAACACAAAACGCUUUAUUGAAAAAUUAAAUUUUGUGCGUGACAAGAGCUGUCGCUGGGUUUAAAAGCGGAACUACCACUACUCAGCAAUUCCGCUGGGAAUCAGCUACAAGCCCCAACAACCGAUCAAUCAAUCAACUACCAAUGUAGACCGCCACCAAGUCCAUCUCUGGUGGUCACUUCUGAUAACAAUCAUCAAGUCCCCGAAAAGCGUAAAAUAGAAAAAUUCGACGUCGACGAGAAAAUGGAAAAGGUCGAUAUAAUUGGUCGCAUCACCGGAAAGUUCGGUCGGUGGCAAUUACGUUCAGUAUUUUUAAUUUAUCUCACCAAAAUACCAUCGUCUUGGUUCAUGGCAUGCAUCAUAUUCACUGCUCCAGCGGCCCGGCAUGGUGAAUUCUAUUGCAAACCAUCCGAAAACAUAGUGAAUCAAUUGACCAAUCAAAGCAGUGCUCAUUGGCAGCAUAUUAUCAAAGCGAACAAGACUGACUGGAUUAGUAUUAAUCAUCCGAAUAAAGAGGAAACAGCUGACGAGGAAUUUGCUAUCGAUUUUUGUAAUGUUUAUGCGGAUGCCGAGGAUCAUGCGAAAAUCUACUUUCAUAAUCAUACACACCAACAUCCUUGGGUUCGGCCGCACAGAAAUGCUUCGAUCAUUCCAUGUGACGCGUUUGUACAUCACACCGAGUAUAAGUCAAUCAUAACGGAUUAUGAUUUGGUUUGCUCACGAGACAUAUUGGUAGCGACCACUCAGUUCUUCCAUUUGUUUGGAGUUUUGACUGGCGGGCUACUCGCAGUCAAUUUAUUAAAAAUCAUUAGCCCGAAAAGAGUGAUGCUGUUCGGAAUGUUGGCACAAAUCUUUUGCGGGAAUAUGACCGGCCAAGUGAGUACCUACGGGCUUCAUGUAUUUUUUCGGAGUUUAUCAGCUGUUUGUUGUGGUCAAAUGUAUACUGCCGGGCAAAUGAUAUUUUCCGACAUUACACAUGGUCGACCAAGGACCAUAAUAACAUGUCUUUUCGAACAAUUCUGGUCCAUUGGUGUUAUCCUUCUACCCGGUCUUGCGAGUUUCUUCAGCAGUUGGUCCCAUAUUUACAUGGCCAUUUCCAUGCCGACAGUUUUGCUGAUAGUCGCUCUUCCAUGGAUUCCCAACUCUCCUCGUUGGCUUAUCGAACACGGCCGCAUCGAGGAGGCAAAGCAAAUUCUAAUCGAAUCGGCGCAAUACAAUGAACGAAUGCAUUUGGUGCCCGGCAAUUUAGAUGAACUGCUUCGGCAACAAUCGAUUGACGUAAAGGCAGCACCUCCGCCGGCUGGUUGGUGGACUCUGUGGAAAGGGAAAGGUGCCGUUCGGAAUAUGAUUUGUGUGCAUGGAGCUUGGAUGAUUUACAUUGUGACCUACUAUGGAAUGCUGUUAAACAUAAGGACGUUUAGUCGAGACCAUUUAGAAAUUAAUACGGUCGUUGCUGCCCUUUGCGAGAUCGCUGGAGUGUUUAUCGGAUUGUUACUCAUCCUAUACACAGAGAAGAAAUGGUUGUGGUCAGGGAUUUUUAAUGUUCUGGGUGCCGCUGUGGCGUACGCAGUUUGGUUCAUUCCACCGAAGCCCAGUGGCGAUGCUCGGGUAGCAGUUCUGAUGGCAAUAUCAAUGGUAUCCAAGGUGGCGAUAUCAUCGACUUUAGCGAUGCUAACCACAUGCAGCACCGAAUUGGUGUGUGAAGAAAAGAAGAAAAUUUGUGCGUUCUCGACGGUAGUUUGGGCCAGAAUCUGGCUACUAACGGCACCGUUUGUUGGAGCUACAGUCGUUUUCGGAAAUUGGGUUCCGCAAACGGCAAUGGCCACGUUGAGCAUCAUUGGUGGCUUCCUUACGAUGGGCAUAACCAGUCCUAGAACUAUUCCGAAAACAAAGCGUAACAAUUUGCCGACCGAACUAUCAGCGGAUGUUUGGACGGUAAAUGAUCAUAAGACGAAAAUACAGAUGUGAUGCUCGAUGCGAUUUCAUUUCCUGUUAGUUAAAAUAAUUUUUUAGUUUUAAUCGUUGAUUGUGAUGUUAAGUUUAUGAGAAGAAAAUAUUUAUUUAAACAAAAAAU